AGAGGGGUGUGCCUGUGCAAGUGAGAGUCGUUGGAGAUUUGGUGCAGCUGUUUUUGUGUUUCCCUGAUGUAAUUAGGACAUCCUAUUAGCAGAGAUGUCAGUAGUGCCGUUAAUCGCUGUGCAGAAAUAGUAGUUUUAACACCUUCAUCCUUCUCUCCCAGCUUCUGAAGUGUCCCUUGUUCUCUGCAUUGUUCAUCCCCUUUUCAAGUGCAUAACCCCUUCGUGUCACGUUGAUUCUGCUGACGGAGAAAUUCACAAGACGCAGUGACGGGUCCUCCCACAGGUGUAAUGAGAGCGCUGGUCAUGGACAGAUGAUGGACGUGGAGACGUCGUACUCGGACUUCAUCAACUGUGAUCGCACAGGCCGCAGGAACGCAGUGCCCGACAUCGAAGGGAAGGGAGAAGGAGCGGCCAGCACCAGUGAACUCACCAAAGACCUGGCAGGGAUGGACCUGAAGGCUGCAGAAGGAGACCCAGGGGCCUCCCCAGCCCCUGAGGCAGAGGGCUCCACCAGCCAAGACGCCCAGGGAGGUGGAGGCCCGUCCUAAACUCAGCCAGAGACCGAAGGGGGGCAGAGCCAAGGAUUGAAAAGUAGAGAGGAAGCGAGUGAAAGUGGAGAGACGUGGAGGAAAGGAAAGAGAGAUAUUGGUUGUCCUAACUGGACACGGGGACACCUUCGCUCACUGCCAGCCCGUUUGGAGCUUCAGCGGCCCAAAUGUUCGCCUUUUCAUUGGAUCAGAUUGUAAUGUGCGGAGCAGAACAGAGUAGUGCUGACACUUGAGAUGCCGCUCUUUUGCUUCAUUCAUGUUAGUCAUUUAUAUUCCUGACGAGACAAGAAAGCACAGAAACUUUGGAUUCAUGUCUGUGGACCGAGUGAUACAGAAUUCAUUUAUAAAACUCUAAACUUUGUUCCAGCCUGGUAUGGAGCUGAGUCAUGGAUGGCAUAUUCAUAAUCAUCUGUUUGUCAUUUUCUUUAUGUGUGUGUGUUUGUGACCUUCUUGCUCAACUUCCUCACUAAGUCCUUUUUCUUUUCUUUUUUUUCAGUAACGAAACAUAGUCGCCAUUAUACUGUCAUGUACAGACUUCAUAUUUAUUGCUUAAAUGUUCAGUGAUAACUUUGUGAUAGCAAUUUUCUUUCUGUAAUAAAAAUACUUAUGAAUUACUGUAACAUUUUGUAUU